UGGUUCUCGGUAAUGUGCAGUUCAUAGGCUACAGAAAGCGUACGGGGCUGGUGCGCGACGAGCUUGAAAUAAUUCGUUUAGUAAUUAGAAGACCCCGGUGGCUUUUAGGUUUAGCAUAACGCAUUCAUAAAAAAAAAAAUAGUGAAGCAUUCCUGGAAUGGUAUAGAAAGAAAUGAAUUGUCGCGGUUAUGCUUUGAGGUACAAAAAAAAGGUAUAGCUAGCUAUUUAGCCUGUGUACUGUUAGCUUGCUGGCUAUCGGGGUUUAGGUGGGUUAGCUGCGCUGUAAAGCCAGGGUUUGCUAACGUUCACUAGCGCGCUAAUCAACCGCACACGGCUGCAGACGGCACUGCCUGGCGCUGUAAUGCUUUUCAUUCCGCCGCUGUUCGCCGUUUCUGGGCCAGGAUUUUAGCUAGCUAGCUAGCGUGUUGGUUAGCUGAUGGACGGUUUUGCGGGCGCUCUGUGCGACUACUCUGGCGUUGUUUGGUUUCGGUACUGGGGCGGUUAGCUAGGCUAGUUAGCAGAAAUCCAGUACGGAUGUCUCGGCAGGCAGCUUUGUCCCGCAGUCACCGGGACAACUCGAGUUGGUAGUCAGCAUAUCACACGGCAGUGAAGGAGUGUCUUUAGCAGGUAGCAAGACGUGUUAAUUAGACAGCUGGUCUCAGAUAUCACAUCCAGCCACACACUAUUACCGUUAGCUUUCAUGCUAACUAAACCAGAUUCAAGUGCUGUCGCCUUGCUUUAUUUGGCUGUGUAAUAGCCAGGACUGCGUUUUUCGCCUCUCUAUUCAGCAUAAGAUUGAAGGAUUCAGGGCCCAGAUCCUUUCCUAGCUGUUAUCCUCACUCGUUUUCAUCUGGCUAGCUAGUCAGCAGGUCACCCUGUUUUUUUUUUUUUUUUUUUUUUUAAAUAUAUAUAUACAUCGAAAGGCCUACGCGAUGUGCAUCAUUUUUAGCAGCUAACAAAAUUUCUCGUUGUGUUUGUUGCUGCAUCGAAACGCUGAAAAAAGGGAACCACCUGCCAGCAGCAGCCUUUGUGCUUGUUUGAGAAAAGUCGGCUCUUUUUCUGAACCACUGCGGCGAUGACGCUGGAGUCGAUGAUGGCCUGCUGCUUGAGUGAGGAGGCCAAGGAGUCGAAGAGGAUCAACGCCGAGAUCGAUAAACAGCUUCGCCGAGACAAGCGAGACGCAAGGAGGGAGCUCAAACUUCUCCUCCUGGGCACAGGUGAAAGUGGCAAGAGCACCUUCAUCAAACAGAUGCGCAUCAUUCAUGGCUCGGGCUACACUGAAGAGGACAAGCGUAGCUACACCAAGCUCGUCUACCAGAACAUAUUCACCUCCAUGCAGGCCAUGAUCCGUGCCAUGGACCACCUCAAGAUCCUGUACAAGUACGAGCAGAACAAGGCCAAUGCUCUUCUGGUGAGGGAGGUGGAUGUGGAGAAGGUGUGCUCUUUCGACCAACCCUACAUCAAUGCAAUAAAGAUGCUGUGGGCCGACCCGGGGAUCCAGGAGGCCUACGAUCGCAGGAGAGAGUAUCAGCUGUCUGACUCCACCAAAUACUAUCUAAGUGAUCUGGAUCGUAUCGCAGACCCAGCCUAUCUGCCAACCCAACAAGAUGUCCUUAGGGUCCGUGUUCCAACUACAGGGAUCAUUGAAUACCCUUUUGACUUGCAAAGCAUCAUUUUCAGGAUGGUGGAUGUCGGGGGCCAGCGUUCAGAGCGCAGGAAGUGGAUCCACUGCUUUGAGAAUGUGACGUCCAUCAUGUUCCUUGUUGCCCUGAGCGAGUACGACCAGGUCCUGGUGGAGUCAGACAAUGAGAACCGAAUGGAGGAGAGCAAAGCCCUUUUCCGGACGAUAAUCACCUACCCCUGGUUCCAAAACUCCUCCGUCAUUUUGUUCCUCAAUAAAAAGGACCUGCUGGAGGAAAAGAUCAUGUACUCUCACCUGGUUGACUACUUCCCAGAGUUUGAUGGUCCACAGAGAGACGCCCAGGCAGGACGCGAAUUCAUCCUGAAGAUGUUUGUGGAGCUGAACCCUGACAGCGACAAGAUCAUCUACUCACACUUCACCUGCGCCACGGACACCGAGAACAUCCGCUUCGUCUUUGCCGCCGUCAAAGACACCAUCCUGCAGCUGAACCUCAAAGAGUACAACCUGGUGUGAGGGAGGGAGGGAGAGGUGGAGUGAGAAAGAGGGACACCUGCAGCCCAUGCACAACACGAUUUUUAAUGUAUCCCACAUACAUCCACGCUCGUAACAUAAUCAAGAUUUAGACUGACACAGCUCUGCUCUUUUCAGGCACAGAUGUUUUUGUUUGUUGUUCUUUUAUUUGACCAGGUUUUUUUUUUUGUUUUGUUUUUUGUUUCAUUUCUGACGGCGUUAUCAGUUGCUGCAGGCAGCGUCAUGCCUUAUCCCAUCAGCUGAUAAUUCCACUGCUUGUCCCUCCUGAUUGCCUCUCUAAUGAGAGAGCUAGGGCACUUAGUCUUUGUGUAGUGGUGCUCGAAAGGGGCACGGUAGCUGGGUUGCAGCUGAGUUGCUCCAGCUGAGUGAGAAUUGAUGUGAGAACCUCAUCAGAGGAGACCCUGACCUUGAUCUUAGGAGAAAACGGUCUGUAUGGAGGCAUAACUGCAGCUCCAUGUGAAAUGCCGAGCUGUUGGCUCAGGCAACAUUCUAGCAGGGCAUUGAGUGCAGUUUUUUUUUUCUGCGUGCCUGUCCAAGGCUAAACCUCACCUUGCAUCUUUGAAUGUAACUUGGUUUGAUUUUUAACCGGAUGUUAAGACAUUUCAUGCCGAACGGCAGAGACCGUGAGCAUUUGAUUUUUGUAUAUUAGGAAUAAUUUAAACAUUUCUCACAGCCCUACUGCUGUAGUAAAGAAAAGGUUAUUUGUGAGUUAGGUGAAAAUAGAUUCCCUCCAAAUUAAUGGGGUAGAUCAGUGCGUGUCGUCACCUUGCCACGAUUUCAUAUUUAGUUUUAGAGGUCCUUUAUUCACAAAACAGCAUAACUCACAGUGGGUUUCCUCCUCCAUCUGUACCAUUUGCCAAAUUUAUAUUUAGCUACCUUGUUUUGCUACAUGUUUUUGCCAGUAUUGGUUGCCUACUUGGUACAGUUGAAGGGAUUUUAAAAAAUUAUCUAUAAUGAUGUAUUUAGAAGUUUGCAAAACAAAAUUGUAUUUUCUGUAUGUUUACAUGCAUUGUUACGAAUCAUUAGUCUCAGUAUAACCCAGGUGUUAUUUUGCCACAUAGUAUCUAUUAUUUCUACAAUGUGAUAUGGUUACUAAAUACUGUUGUUAUGGAGUGCGUCAUGCUUACUUCAUGGUGAAAUUUAAGAUCAUUUCAAUAGGUGGUGUUUGUGUGGCAACAAUUUGAAGUAAACUCUAAAAGCAGUACAAUUCCAUAGUGUUCAAACUGCUGGUUCCAUGAAGAAUGUUUCUUUGGCCGACAUUGUUCUAGACAAGCGUGCUGUACAAAAGUGAAAUCGAUCUUUUCUAUUUAUGUAAUUUAUGGACCAGAUAUAUAAAUAAUGUUAAUAGGACUUGUUUCCCCUCUAGUGAUUGUUUGAAAUGAAAGGGGAGGAGUCCAUACUGCUGUAAAAUCUAUAGGCUAAUGAUCUUUUCUUUCAGUAUUUUGUACAUGCUUGUGAUUUUUUUUUUUUUUUUUUUUUCCCUUUUUUUUCUUUUUUUAGAUGCUUGACAAUGGAAAGUUGAAUUGCAAUUUUAAAGAUGCGCUUUAUGCAAAUAGGAAACGUAAGAAUUUAUUAGUGGUUAAAUUCUUGGUAGGCUGUCAUUUGUAACCCGAAAGGUUUCCGCUUGGUAUCAAUUUUAGUACCAUAUCCUAUUUGUUGCUUGACGGCUGUCUAAAUUUCAUAGUUGUUGUGAUAAGGAGACGAUUUUUUUUUUCUUUCUUUCUUUGCAAUGUAAUUCAGGUGAGUUUUCAUACUUUCAUUAUAAGGGCUAAUUAUGGGUAACAUUGACAGGAUGCAAGAACGCUAUUGAGUCUAAAACAGCAAUAGGUGCAAUGAAGCAAGUAGCUGAAUCGGGGUGACGGUGUGUUCAUGUGUGGAUGAUGGGAUGAUUAUCGUCUCUGCAGAUUUAGCUUUCAAAGUGUGCCAGGGAUACACCUGACAAAUCAUAUGUUUGACUACAGUGCGAUGGGAAGCUCUGGGUAAUUCUAGGCCUCGGAGAAAAGUCCCCCCUCCCCCCCCAAAUCCCCCAGCUUCAUGUACAGUGGUGUGUAGGAUGGACUACAGAUUGAAAUGUGGGUUUAGCAUAGGAGUUCAAGUGCAUAGGGGAACAUUGGGCCAUUCCAUUUUUCACAAGCAUCUGGCAUAUUUAUGCAAUUUUUGGUUUGGUACAACAACAGAACUCUGUCUGAUCUUUGCCCGAUCGCUGCAUCAUGCUGUGGGCCCUGUUAGGACGAGCACUUUUUUUUUUUUUUUUCCCUUUCAUGAUGGCGCCUCUCUUUGAUGAUAAUUGUACGGUAAAGAUGUUUUACCAUUGAUAAUGGCACAUACAUCUUGCUUUGUAUUAUAUUCCCUUCACUGUCUGCGAUGUGUGUGUUUUUUGUGUUUGUUAACAGAAUAGAGGGUGUGCAGUCUGAGAACAGGAUCAGUCCCAAUCUUGUUAGUGCCACAGAAAUCACACGAUGCUAAUUUUUUUUUUUUUAUGAUUUUGCCUGUAUUCCAGAAACCUUUAGUCUUUGGCUUGAAAGUUUCAGUGUUGCACUGCACAUGCUGUUCUUUGAGCAUUUCGAGACUAAGCCCUGUCUGCAUAUGACUCGCAUUUAGAUCUAAAAGGUUUGUAAAUGUCACGUGGGUGGGUGAUGGAUUCAGGUGCCAGGCCACUGCUGCUGUAUUUUUUUUGAACUUCCUUGAAAUGUGCAGUUUAUGGUAAGAUUUUAGCUCACUUUUAGCUCACUCAAACUCUAUCAAUUGUACUUUAACGUGUAUGGGCGAUUUGUGCCAACAUAACGGCAAUAUCGAGACCCGCCAUAUUUAGCCAUGCAUCUGUGACUAUAUGAAAUGUACUUGUUUAUAUUGAUAUGAACGCUAAGGUUUGACUGCAUUGUACAGAAGCUGCAUACACUAGGUCCUGUCAUUUCUCACUAACGGGGAAACACUACAGAUAUUCUUGUAGGUCACGUAUUGCAAAAACAGACUUUCUACCACAUGUAAGCAUUACUUUCAUGAUGUCCAAAGGGCAGCAGACACAUUUGUCCAGCUGCUGAGUUCUCAAUGUUGAGUUUUGUUCUCCUUGGGUCAGUGCACCGAACCUGCUUAGCACUAAUGGCUGCCGUUUAUCUGUUUGGUCAAGCACAUUCCUGGUACUUGGAGAUGUGAACACUAAUUAACGGAAUGGAUGUUUUUUCCUUGAGGUCCAUACUGAUGUGAUGGAUACAGGAAAUAUGAAGCUAACUUUUUUUUUUGUUGUUCGUUUGUUUUUUUCUUUCUAAUAAUAAUUUACCUGUAUGUAGGACCACUUAUAGAAAUGAUUUUUUUUUGGUUGCUUUUUUGAUAACAGGUUAAAAAAAUAAAAAUAAAAAAAUAAACAAAAAAAAUUGCGGUGUAUAAAAUCAAAGUAAUGUGUUUUUGGUUGUUUGUUUGAUUAGCUUUUUUAAGCAUACCAAAUGUAAAUGAUGUACUAUAAUGUGUGCCAAUCCCCUUUCUUUGUAGAGCCAGACUUUUAACAAGUGCCAAUAUUGUGUAAAACCAUAAAAAGGACUUGGUUAAUGUAUUUUAUGGUCCUGUUUUUAAAACAAACACCGAGUAUGUGAUUAAGUUAAACAGAUAAAGGACACUUCUAUUGCGUAUUUAAGGUUAAAGAUGCUAAACUUCUGUUUUUAACUGAAAUUCCAUCUUAAAUGCAUGUGUGUCUGAUUUGCUGGGGUUGGGUGGGUGAGGGGGAAAAAAGGGGCCUAAUUCUUGCUCAUUUACAGUGUUUUAGCCAUAUUUCUCUUUUCUAUGGUUCAUUUCAGCCACUGUUGCCUGAAACUCAUUCAAACAUGGAAACAAUUUUCAUAACCUUCUCCUUAAAAGAAAAACUAUCUGUUUUAAAUUGGAAUAAACUUUGUUCCUAUA